AUUGUUCGGGCACACUUGAGUUAAUAGAUUCCAAAAGCUCUAUUUUUUAAAUCACCUUCUUGAAUUCUACCCAACGCUACAUUUCCACGAAACCGUGCUUGUACAAAAUUCAAAUUUCGUUCAAUUUUCAAAAGUGUUGAGGGAGCGGUAACUGCAUACCACAUAUAAUGGAUGACCAUUGAUUUAGAAGAAGUAGACGUCGCGUCGGUGCAUUGAAUUUGAAAAUGGAGUUAUAAAUUUUUUUAUUAUGUGUAAAUACAAGAAACUUUUUAGAUAUAAUGUAGCUCGAAAUCGGCGUAUUCAAACCUAACAUGUAUUAACAUAGAUUGGAUGGAUUAAUUUAAUAAAAUAGAAAUGACUUCCGAAUUAGAACCUAGAAAAGAGGAGCGUUUUCUUGUUCACUACCGUCUUAGUUUCAAGCAAGUUUGUCUCGUAACAGUUUCAUUUCCCUUCUUAGCACUGAUUAUUUGUUUUAUUAGUGCAUAUAUUUUUCAAUAUGAUGAUAUACAUGAAACUCAUUGUCGGGUCUUCAAUAUCGUACCAUCGAUAAGUGCGAUCACUGGAAUUAGUCCCCAACGUUAUAUCUGGAGAAUCAGUAUUGCCUUUCAUGUAGGACCAAGAUUAAUAAUUUCAGCUGUGUAUCGGGCAUAUCAUCUAACUUUAAUCAAUCCGUUGGCUCAAAAUGAAGUUCAACUGAAAGCACAAUUUUGGUUAAAUACGGCUUUUUGGACAAAUGUGAUUGAAACUGGAGCUCUCUGUGGCGUUACUUAUAUAUCUAAUAGGGAAAAUUACGCUAUACAUGAAAAAUUCUUCAUAAUAUUCAUGGUAAGCAGCCUCGUACAUAUGUUAGCUUGUAUAAAAGGUAUAAAAGCUGUGGGAGUGACAAGGAACAAAACUGAUGAUGAUUUGAUAAAAUGUCUACAACUUAAACAAAAUCUUUUCAACAUUUCCUUAUUAAUGACAGUCGGACUUAUUGGAUUUUUUCUAGAACACAGACUACUGUGUCAUAGAAUGGCUUUCAGUAUGUUUGCUCUGUGCGAGUACAUCAUAGCAUUCGCCAACAUGGCUUUUCACGUAACAAUAAUAAUGGAUUUUCCAACAGAACAUUUCAUGGUUGCAACAAAAUUGAAUAACCAACAAGAAGAUGCGAAAAGUCUCUAAAAUUAGCAAUACACACAAAAGGUUGAACUUUUCACUAAUCAUUUGUACUUGGAAUCAUUUUAAAAAAAUGUCGAUUCAUUUUUUGAAAUAUGAUAAUAAAAAUUGGACAACUACAACUGAAGAGUGUUAUUACUUAGAUCAAUACAAACAAGUAUAAAUGGAUAUAGAGAGAGUAGGAUCUUCCUGCUACUAAAUGAAGAAAUCCAACUAGAGGAGAUGCUAUAGUUGUCCCAGGAAUAUAAAUAUAGAGUAUUAACUGGAGACAAUAAUAUCAAUAACAUUAACAGGCAGUAUACUGCAAACUACUAUAUUUUGAACAAAAGAUCAUCCAGAUGGAUGUGUAACAAAAAUUAGUGAAAAGCACUGUAUUUAUUCAAUAACUGCUUCCAUAUGUAGACUGAUUUUAUCAAGAAAUUAGAUAACAACUAUAUAUAAUUUCAAUUGACAAAUGCUUAAAUAUGACUGAGGCUGUUCUUCUACAUCUAGUAACACUUUUUCAUCACAUUCGAAGCUUUCUAGAAUUUUUGGUCUUUCCAGUUGGAUAUGACCAGGUAACCUGUGCAAGACUUGAAGAACCAAAUUAUAAGUUGAAUGUAAUGGUACCAGAAAUUCCAACUGAAGUUUUAGUGAUUUGAUAAUAUAUUAAAACUAUCAAAAUAUUACAGAUUACACGUAGAAAAACAGCUGCCAAUCAACAAUAGUUGCUUAAAUAUUGCACAGCACGGUUUUUAAUGCAUAUUUUUCUCAGUAUUAUUCGAGAAAGAGUGUUUGAAGUUUUUAAUUCUAUUCAAAUUUAAAAUUAAAAAAAGUUUGUAGGUAAUAUAGAUAUUUGGGACUUUCUACUAUUCUACCGACAAAGACAAGUUUCCUGCGAAAAAUAUUUUUUUAAAUUCUAGUUUCACAUGCUUUUUUAGCAAUUUAGUCAUUAUAAUAAUACUAAAAUUCCGAUAUCAUUGCUUUUUCCCAUUAAAAAAUCAUUUUGACAUAGUAUUCGAAAUGUGUGACACAGGGGUUUCACAUACAAAUAUGAUGUGUCUCUCUGUGCCGCUUAACAUUACAAAUUGAUCUUUCUUAAAAAUUCAAAGAGAAACUUUCAAUAUAAAAUUCUUUAUUGAAUUCAUGAAAGAUUCUCAUUAAAAUGGUGUACACCAUAAGUGGGGAACCUCUUUAGUAUUAGAGGCCGCUUAAACUGAUUGCCUAUGAAAAAGACUUUUGUGAAAUUAUUAUAGUUUUCUAUAGGUUUAUCAAUUUAUUGCAUUAUAUAGAAUAAAUAAUAUAUAAUUAAACAAUUUGAAAAAUCGCAAAAUUACAGUAUAAAAUAUUUUUUGAAUCUCAUUUCACAUUUUAUAAAAAACCAUAUAAUUUUAUUUUUUUUACAAAAUCUAAAAAUUUAUCACUUAGAUUGUCGGUAGAAAAGUAGAAUGCAUCAUUUGCAUUUUUUGAUAAUAAAGUUUGCACAUGUAUUUCAAGUAGAAAUAGACAUUCUUUAGAAUCUCUGAAAAAGUAAUUUGAUAUUCCUAAUAUUUCCUGUAAAUGAAAAUUGUUCAUCUCUCAUGCCAAAUAUGAUUACAAAUUCUUAACUAUAUCUCCAUUUUUUUUUCGGUUCAUGUUUCCAGGAUUGUAUUCUCAUAUAUACUAAGCGGUCCAUUCAUAAAUUUACCUAAGCAGUACCUAUAUCAGUAUUAUUAAUUUGAAUCAAAUAUUUGUUCUUUAAUAAAUGUGAUAAUAAACAGUAGUGUUGAAACUUUCCAAAACACAAUGUACAGUUUCCAUUUCCUGAGUUACUUUAUAAUUUAUAAAAUUUUGAAAAGUUCCUAUAUGUAACCAAUGUCAUGCUAAACGCAUUGUGUACUACUAUUACAUAAACAUAAUUAGACUGUCUGAUCCCUCGAGCAUUCAAUGAGUCGUUAGUUCACAUCCGGCUCGAAGGUCCAGGUGUUGUAGUAGUAAUCAGUAUGUUAAUUACCAACGUUUUCAGAAAUUUUAACUUAGUAGCAGUUUUAUCAUAGAAAAAUAAUGUAAGCACAAAGUUACUUAAUUAUCAUACACAGAAUUUUUACUAUUGUUAAAAAUAUUUGUUUUUCAAUAUAAACUAAUUAUUUUUUAUUAAACACUGGAAUAUAAAAAUUGACUUCUUAAUUUAUAAUAAAAACUGAAAUUUUAUUUCAAAUUUCAUUUUUUAUAUCAUAGAAAUUGUUUCUCGUAUUUCUAGUCAUUUUUGUAGUAAAAGUAAUAAAUUAGAAUUAUUAGUA